UGGGGAAGAUGGCGCCCUCGGGGCUGAAGGCGGUGGUGGGGGAAAAAAUUCUCAGUGGAGUCAUUCGGAGCGUCAAAAAGGAUGGGGAGUGGAAGGUACUCAUCAUGGACCACCCGAGCAUGCGCAUCUUGUCCUCCUGCUGCAAGAUGUCUGACAUCUUGGCUGAGGGCAUCACCAUUGUUGAGGAUAUCAACAAACGGCGUGAGCCCAUCCCCAGCCUGGAGGCCAUCUACUUGCUGAGCCCUACGGAGAAGUCAGUGCAGGCCCUGAUCGCAGACUUCCGGGGGACCCCGACCUUCACCUACAAAGCAGCGCACAUCUUCUUCACUGACACCUGCCCAGAGCCCCUGUUCUGUGAGCUGGGUCGCUCCCGCCUGGCGAAGGUAGUGAAGACGCUGAAGGAGAUCCACCUGGCCUUCCUCCCCUACGAGUCUCAGGUCUUUUCCCUGGAUGUCCCCCACAGCACGUACAACCUCUACUGUCCCUUCCGGGCCGGGGAGCGGGUGAGGCAGUUAGAGGCAUUGGCCCAGCAGAUCGCCACCCUGUGCGCCACGCUGCAGGAGUAUCCGUCCAUCCGCUACCGCAAGGGCCCAGAGGACACAGCGCAGCUGGCCCACGCCAUCCUGGCCAAGCUCAAUGCCUUCAAGGCUGAUACCCCAAGUCUGGGCGAGGGUCCUGAGAAAACCCGGUCCCAGCUGCUGAUCAUGGACCGGGCAGCCGACCCCGUGACCCCGCUCUUGCACGAGCUCACGUUUCAGGCCAUGGCCUACGACCUGCUGGACAUCGAGCAGGACACGUACAAAUAUGAGACCACAGGGCUGAGUGAGACCCGGGAGAAGGCGGUGCUGUUGGAUGAGGACGACGAUCUGUGGGUGGAGCUGCGGCACAUGCACAUCGCUGAUGUGUCCAAGAAGGUCACAGAGCUUCUGAAGACUUUCUGUGAGAGCAAGAGGCUGACCACCGACAAGGCCAACCUCAAAGACUUGUCUCACAUUCUGAAGAAGAUGCCUCAGUAUCAGAAAGAGCUCAACAAGUAUUCUACUCAUCUGCAUUUAGCUGACGAUUGCAUGAAGCACUUUAAGGGGACAGUGGAGAAGCUGUGCAGCGUGGAGCAGGACUUAGCCAUGGGCACGGACGCGGAAGGUGAGAAGAUCAAGGAUGCCAUGAAGCUCAUUGUGCCAGUGCUGUUGGAUGCAGCGGUGCCCGCCUACGACAAGAUCCGGGUCCUGCUGCUCUACAUCCUGCUCAGGAAUGGUGUGAGCGAGGAGAACCUGACAAAGCUGAUUCAACACGCCAAUGUGCAGGCCCACAGUAACCUCGUGCGCAACCUGGAGCAGCUGGGGGCCGCCAUCACCAACCCUGGGGGCCCUGGGAACCCCAGCCGUCCGGAGCGAAGGGAACGCCUGGAGCCCACAUACCAGCUGUCCCGCUGGACCCCAGUCGUCAAGGAUGUGAUGGAGGAUGCCAUCGAGGACCGCCUGGACCGGAAGCUGUGGCCCUUUGUGUCUGACCCUGCUCCCAUCACCAGCUCCCAAGCUGCCGUCAGUGCCCGCUUUGGCCACUGGCACAAGAAUAAGGCAGGUGUGGAGACCCGGGCCGGGCCCCGGCUCAUUGUCUGCGUGCUGGGUGGUGUGGCCAUGGCAGAGAUGCGUGCGGCCUACGAGGUGACCCAGGCUACCGAGGGCAAGUGGGAGGUGCUCAUCGGUUCCUCACACAUCCUCACUCCGACCCGCUUCCUGGACGACCUCAAGAUACUGGACCAGAAGCUGGAGGACAUUCCUUUGCCUUAACCUCCUGUCCAUGGCUCCAUCCAGGCCAACUGUCCCCCACUUCUCAAUCAGAGAAAUAAACU